AUGGCGCUGAUACUUACCGCUUCAUACGCGCUUGAUUGGGCCGUGCUUAUCGUUUUCGGUGUUUUGGGCUAUGUUGUGGGCAAGCUCUCGCCAAAUAAACGGCCAUUUUACGUGGACGACCUAGACAUCGACUUUCCGUACAAGAACUAUGACACUAUAUCGGUUCCUGUGCUCUUCGUCGUAUCCAUCAUCGUCCCCGCGGCCAUCAUUUUCUUUCUCGCUAUGGCUUUCGUUCCUGGCCCGACGGCUGGCAAGGUCACCCCAAAGUCUGUGCUAUGGAAACACAAGCUAUGGGAGUGGCAUGCGGGCUGGCUAGGCCUCGCACUCUCUCUUGUGACCGCCUGGUUCUUUACCAGUGGGAUAAAAAAUCUCAUGGGAAAACCGCGCCCGAACCUCCUCAGUCGAUGCCAGCCUGAUCUUGCCAACAUUGCAAAAUACCACGUGGGCGCCACCGCCAAUACGGCGAGAGAUAGCCGACUGGUGUCGGCAGAAAUUUGCCAGAACCCUGCAAAAACCGUUGUUGAUGAGGGCUUCCGCAGCUUUCCAUCGGGACAUUCCUCAGCCGCCGCUUCUGGGCUCGUGUACCUUUCUCUUUCUAAGCCAGGGCCAUGGACAGUACUUUAA